CCAGAAUGCUUUGCUACGCCCCUGAGUUCACACCACGAGCUACUGUCAAAGAAACGCACUUUAAAAUGUUUUGAGGCAACAUAACCCUAAAAGGCUGUGUGCUCUUAAAAUAAUAUGACAAGAAAGUACUGUUUGCUCUCCUGAAAUUAUAGAAAUAGUUCGCAUAGCAUCGCUGGGUAGCUGACCCAGCUGCGGCUGGCAGCCUGAAGUUCAGCAGACAGCGUGAGAAGAAAAACGCUCCUUUGACGUCAGCCACGUUAGAUUUCAGUAGUCCAAGAUGGCGGAGGUGAGCGGGUUGAGGAGCAGAAAUCACUUCGAACCCAACUGCAAAAGCCGAGCCGUUGACGAAGGUGUAAGUGGCGUGGAAGAUGUCCCCAUUUUUCGGCAUAAGCAGAGGCCUCCUAUAGCCAAGCCCGAAGACCUGGAUGAUGAAGUGCUUCCCAGGAACAAAGCCUCAAACAAAAUUGCGAGCUUCACCUCCUCGCUAGAUGAAGAGAUUCAGGAAGAAGAGGAUGCAGUACAGGAGGAGAAGGCGAGGCCCAUCCAGAUCGUGCUGGCCAACGAGGAUGAGCACAGCUUUGAGCUGGACGCCGCAGCGUUGGAGAAGAUCCUGCUGCAGGAUCACGUGAAGGACCUGAAUGUGGUUGUCGUGUCUGUGGCCGGGGCCUUCCGUAAGGGCAAGUCCUUCUUGCUGGACUUCAUGCUGCGCUACAUGCACCAUCAGAGAGACUCGUGGAUGGGAGGUGAUGACGAGCCCCUGACAGGGUUCACCUGGAGAGGAGGCUGCGAGAGGGAGACCACAGGAAUUCAGAUCUGGAGCGAGGUCUUUGUGGUUGACAAGCCUGAUGGCAGCAAGGUUGCUGUGCUCCUUGUCGACACUCAGGGAGCAUUUGACAGCCAGUCCACCAUAAAGGACUGUGCCACUGUGUUUGCUCUCAGCACAAUGACCAGCUCUGUACAGGUGUACAAUCUCUCUCAGAACAUACAGGAGGAUGACUUGCAGCAUCUGCAGCUCUUCACAGAAUAUGGCCGGCUGGCAAUGGAGGAGAUCUACCUGAAACCUUUCCAGUCCCUGAUGUUCCUGAUUAGAGACUGGAGUUAUCCUUAUGAACACAACUACGGUCUGGAGGGAGGGAACAACUUCCUGGACAAACGACUGCAGGUGAAGCAGAACCAACACGAAGAGUUGCAGAAUGUAAGGAAGCACAUCCACUCCUGCUUCUCCAACAUCGGCUGUUUCCUGCUGCCUCAUCCUGGCCUCAAGGUGGCCACCAACCCGUACUUUGAUGGACGACUGAAAGACAUUGAUGACGAUUUUAAGAGGGAGCUGGCCAAGCUGGUGCCGCUCCUCCUGGCUCCAGACCGACUGGUGGAGAAGGAGAUCGGAGGCAAUAAAGUCACCUGCAGGGAUCUCCUGGAGUACUUUAAGGCUUACAUAAAGAUCUACCAAGGGGAGGAGCUGCCUCACCCAAAGUCCAUGCUGCAGGCGACAGCAGAAGCCAACAACCUGACUGCUGUGGCCGGAGCCAAAGACUUGUACAGUAAGAACAUGGAGCAGGUCUGUGGUGGGGAUAAGCCAUACAUUGCCCCGGCUGACCUGGAGCGCUGCCACGGGGAGUUCCGCGAGCAUUCGGUGCGUUUCUUCCGCUCUGUGAAGAAAAUGGGCGGCGAUGAGUUCUGCCAGCGCUACCAGAACCAGCUGGAGGCGGAGUUGGACGAGGCCUACACAAACUUCUCCAAGCACAACGACGGAAAAAACAUCUUCUACGCAGCGCGCACACCUGCCACACUUUUUGCAGUCAUGUUUGUGACCUACGUGGUGUCCGGGGUGACGGGCUUCAUCGGGCUGAGCACCUUGGCAGUGCUGGCUAACCUGGUGAUGGGCAUGGCACUGCUGUCGCUCUGCGCCUGGGCAUAUGUGAAGUAUUCUGGAGAGUUUCGGGAGAUAGGAACGAUGAUAGAUCUGGUGGCUGAGACACUCUGGGAACAGGUUUUGAAGCCAUUAAGCGAACAUUAUAUGGAGGACAACGUCAGACAGACGGUGGUUAACUCAAUCAGAGCCAGCUUGACAGAACAGGGCUCGCAGCACACCAAGUUAAAGACUCACUGACGCUCCUCCUCCUCCUCCUCGUCAUCUCCUCUCCCCCGUCAUGUUCAUCACCCUCCUGCCCACUCACUUGAUGUGUUCAAUCCUAGAACUGUGGAACUAGUUCAACACCAAAGCUGAUCCUCUCCAAACACCCUUCAUCACAUCGCUGCCCCCUUCUUUAUUUGCUGUCGUGGACCUGUAGGCUCGCCGUCUGCCCUGCUCUUCAUCGCCCCCAGUGCCUCUGAGCAGAAACUGCACUUUCAUGAGAGGACCGAGCAGAGAAGCCGGCAGCGUCGCCUCUUGCCAAAACAGGACGUGAAGGACUGUCAUCUUCUCGUGUGCCAUGCUGCCAUAGAUGCACACACUGAUAUAUUUGCUGUUAGCAGCUAAACUCGCUUCAGGAUUGAGCUGUAAUUCAGGGACACUGCUGUGGGCAGCUGUAAUCAACAGUGGAUGCAAACUAAAAUCCUUUUCUGUGCAUUUAAUGGUUUUGUCUUAACAGGCCAGACGGUUCAGAGCUCAGUCGACUUCCUCUUCGGACUGUUUGUUAAUGUUAUCUGCAAGCACAAGUAGCAACAAAUCGACUCAGAACACUUAUAACAAGGAGAUUUUUGCCCUUUUUUUGGUCGUUUCAGUAAGAUCAGGAAACAAAUAUUGAUUCUACUGAAUUGCAAGUAAGAUGGAGAUUAUUUUAACUGUCAGUGUUGAUCCUCUCCUGGUUAAUUGAUCUUUUUCUCCAAAUCUGAACUGAAAUCAGACGAGUGCAAGAAAUCAAACAAACUGAAUUUUUCUGGUGUUUUAAUCCAUCUCGUGGCUCCAAGUCCUCAGUACAUCUCUGCGUGUUUCCCUUGAAUAUUUCGUGACAGCUGUAGGACAUGCGAUCUGUUUUUAAGGUAGAGCCGUGCUUUAUCUGGCUUUAGUGUCUUGUAGCAGACCAUUAAGAGCUGCUGUGUUGUAGCAUUAAGUUAGCUAAGACCUUUUAGAGCUCAGGCCUCUGUAGCCAGGUAGCCAGAGAGGACUGUCAUGAUGAACCAUUUUCUCUUCCACUGCCUUUUCAUCAAAGCUGCUGUUUCCCACUAUGACUUUAGAAACUACAGGCUGUAAGUUGGAUUCUUGAAAUCAGAGAUGUAGAUCCUUUACAUUUUGGAAAAUAUGGCAAGAGUUGGAUGAGAAGAUUGAGUCUGUUCAUAUUUGUUGGGUGAUUAUGAAGCUAAAGUUGGCAGCAAAGCCUGUUAGCUCAGCAUAAAUGCUGCAGGCAGAGUUUAGAUUAUUAGAUUAAAACAGGACCUCUGAAGCUCAAUAAUUAACAUUUUAAAUUUCAUUUGUCAAAUAUACAUAAAGUGUAAAACCUGUUGCUUAACGUUUCUCAAAGGUGUCCAUUAGGGGGUUCUAAGAAGUUCUCAACUAAAAGGAGAGUAAUUUCACUUCCAUUCUUAAGUUACAAAAUAACAGAAUGAGACUUUUAUUAUGACAGAACUCAUGACCAAAACAAAGUGAGGCUCGUGCUGAUGUUGGCGCCCACCAUAAAAUUUAUAGCAGGACAAUUUAAAUUAAUUAAAAGUGUGUGUGUGUGUGUGUGUGUGUGUGUAUGUAUAUAAAACGUUGUUUAUUCUGUUUCAUUUAUGUACUCUGUAAAUAUAUAUCAUCCUUAAUUAUUUUUCACAAUUUGUGCACAGCAGGCAGAGUUACUUCACGCAAGAAAUAAGUUCAGUAAAAUGGAACGAUUAGCCGUGUUUUCUUAAUUAACAGUGCCAUAAAAUAUGUGCUUUGUUUUGACCUGCGGUCCAGUGUUAAGUGUCAAUUUGGGCAUGCUUGAAACAAAUACAUAUGAAAUGGCCAGUGAUCUAACUUGUGUCUGUCAGGGGUUCUUGGAAGUGGAAAAAGUUGUGAGUGUCACAGCGUCAGCUUGAUGCUACAAUGAGCUAACCUGCUUUUAGCUGCAGCAUCAUAUAUGGACAUGAGAACGUAUCAGUCUUCCCAUUUAACUCUUGGCAAAGAAGCGAGAGGCCGAUAACACAGACAGCAGCAAAACCAUUGUUUUUUGACAAGUCUGCAUGGUCGGCUCCAAGGUGAGCAUAUUUCUAAAAAAUGUUGAACUAUGCCUUUAACUGACAUGAAACGAUUGUGCCCUCCUCCUGUAAGGUCUGGUAAAUCUAAAUCACUGGACUUUUAUCUGUCUACAGUGAAACUCGACCGGUGAGCGACUCCACAACAGGAACCUGACUUGAUGUUAAAUGGCCUGAACCAUUUUUCCCCCUUUUUAUCUUGACUCUGUUCAACAGCUGCAUCACAUCUGUCUGAGCUCUUCUGUAUCGAUUCCAUCCACAUAAUUUCUCACCUCAAGCGCCAGUCUCGUACUGUACAGUCUCUCUCUCUCUCUCUCUCUCUCUCUCUCUCUCUCUCUCUCUCUCUCUCUCUCUCUCUCUCUCUCUCUCUUUGUGUUCAGAUAUAUUACAAACCGGGCAUGUAUGUUGACUUAAAUAUUUAAAUAAAAUUUGUAUACAUUUUAUAGUAAAUCA